AUGGCGUGGAAGAAUGCGUUCGACAAGGCGAAGCCAGUGUUCGUGACGAUAUACGCCACCGUAAUAAUUGGGAUCGUCUUCUCGUCUUUGUAUGUGAUAUCCGCCAUCUACUCCGGCAAGUCUGCCGCUGAUUCCACCACCUCCUGGCUUUCCCAUUUAGGUUCUCCUCCUUUAGAGCAAGCACCCAAUGUUUCUCAACCAGAAAUAGUUCAAGCAAUGGCCACACCUUCAGUAGGGCCUCAAAGCAUGUCAACAAGACCUAUUUGGGAAGCUCCCCCACGCACAAAGAAAAUGCCACCUUUGAAGAAAUUUAGACUGAGCAAAGAACUAGUUCAGCAAAGAGUGAAGGAUAACGUUGUUAUAGUGACCUUUGGGAACUAUGCAUUCAUGGAUUUUAUCCUGACUUGGGUUAAACACUUGACUGAUCGGGGGCUUUCUAACCUUCUCAUUGGUGCAAUGGACACCAAACUGUUGGAGGCUUUGUAUUGGAAAGGUGUUCCGGUAUUUGACAUGGGCAGCCACAUGAGCACAAUAGACGUUGGAUGGGGGUCGCCAACAUUCCACAAGAUGGGACGAGAAAAAGUUAUACUGAUAGACUCAAUUCUCCCUUAUGGUUUUGAACUAUUGAUGUGUGAUACAGACAUGGUUUGGUUGAAGGACCCACUUCCGUAUCUUGCUCGUUAUGCAGAAGCAGAUGUCUUAACUUCCAGUGAUCAAGUUGUACCAACGGUCACCGAUGACAGGCUGGACAUUUGGCAACAAGUUGGUGCUGCGUACAACAUUGGAAUUUUUCACUGGCGGCCAACAGAUGCUGCUAAAAGAUUGGCUAAGGAAUGGAAAGAUAUGCUUCUAGCUGAUGAGAAGAUAUGGGACCAGAAUGGGUUUAAUGAUCUCGUACGAAGACAGUUAGGGCCACCAGUUGAUGGAGAGAGUGGACUUGUAUAUGCUUUUGAUGGAAGUCUCAAGCUGGGAGUUCUGCCUGCGAGUAUAUUUUGUAGUGGGCAUACAUAUUUUGUCCAGGCCAUGCAUCAACAAUUGAGAUUGGAGCCAUAUGCAGUGCAUACCACAUUCCAGUAUGCAGGUACUGAAGGAAAACGCCACCGACUACGGGAAGGCAUGGUUUUCUAUGACCCACCAGAAUACUAUGAUGCACCAGGAGGUUUUUUGUCAUUUAAGCCGUCUAUUCCUAAGAGCUUGUUGCUAGAUGGGGAGCAUAAUGUUAAAUCACAUUUUACUCUUAUUAAUUACCAAAUAAAACAAAUAAGAACAGCUCUUGCAAUUGCUUCUCUGUUGAAUCGCACCCUGGUUAUGCCUCCACUAUGGUGCAGGUUGGAUAGGCUGUGGUUUCCCCACCCUGGCGUUCUUGAGGGAUCUAUCACUAGACAACCUUUUAUUUGCCCUCUAGAUCAUGUGUUUGAGGUGAAUGUCAUGCUUAAGGAAUUGCCAGCGGAGAUAUUUGGGCCCCCAAUCGGUGUUAGAGAAUACUCAUUCUUUGACAAUCCAUUGAUGCCAAAACAGGUGAAGGACUCAUGGCUUGAUGUCCAGCUUUGUCAACAAGGAACGCGAGAUUGCAUAGCUUCAAAUACUACCACCCCUUCAGGAGCACUCAGAUUUCCAAAGAGAAGCAACGAAGAAACGUUCAAGACUGUAUUCUCCUCGUUCAAGGAUGUAAAAGUAAUUCAGUUUUCUUCUAUGCAAGAUGCAUUCCCAGGUUUCACCGACAAGGCAAGGGAAGAGAAAUUCAGGAAUCGUGCGAAGCGGUAUGUUGGUAUAUGGUGUUGUGUGGCUGAACACACUCCUGGUCACAUAUACUAUGACAUGUACUGGGAUGAGAAACCAGGUUGGAGACCUAUCCCUCCUCAAACCCGUGAGGACGAUCACCCACCACCGUAAGAUAAACGGAGCAAUAUCUGUACGUGGAUCUGUCAAAGGAAAUACAAAGACGAGGAGUAUGGGAAAGUAUCUGACAAACGAAUUAGUUCCUAACUUACCUACAUGAAUAGACAGGAAGAGGACUGCAUCCAUGUUUGUACACGGAGGAGAGGCUGUACCGAAUGCCGAUCCAUAUUAAGAACGGGAGAAAUAGUGUUGUGUAUUAAAGAAAUCUUUUUCAGGUGUAUCAUUCAUAAUCUUCAUAUGUAGCUCCAAUAAAAGAAAUGGAAAACUUCAUAUUAAUUUGCA